AGGUGACCACACUUCCAUUGGCCGUCAAGAGCUGCAAAUACGUUAAGCUGUGCUGUAGCUAUCAGGAUGUGUGCUUCUAAGAUAAGCGAUGAGGCUGCUGAAGCCUGAACCGAGCUAAAUAUGGCUUGAGUACAGCAUCCGACAUCAGAUGAGACUCUACGCACGCUACGCACAGACCCAUUCAUUCUACAUCACAUAAAUGGCGGGGUCUUGCCCGUCAAGUUGCCUAGACAUCUUUCAUCGCAAUGCCAGGACUGCUGUUCUCUCUUAUCUACGGCAGCCAGUACAGCGCCAAGUCCAUUCCUGACCUAUCCGGCAGGGUCAUGAUUGUGUCUGGUGGCAACCGAGGCCUGGGCAAGGCAGUAGUGAUUCAUCUUCUCCGUGCAGGAGCGAAAGUCUACAUGGCAUGUCGCAGUCCAGGCAGAGCUGCAGAAGCAAUCAAGGAAAUUGAGGCUAUGAAUUUGUCUGGACAAGUCAUCUUUCUCAAAUUGGACUUGAUGGACUUUGAAUCGAUUCGAGCAGCUGCGCGCGAGUUCAGCUCUGCGGAAGAUCAUUUGGACGUGCUCUACAACAAUGCAGGGCUUGCGCAUUCAGAAGAACAAACACUGGACGCAGAUGGCCUUGAGGCGACCAUAAAGUCGAACCAUUUUGGUCCUUUCUUAUUGACCAAUCUACUCCUGGAUAGACUGCUCAGAUGUGAAGGGUCUAGGGUUGUCACGACAAGCUCAAGGCUCUAUGAGUGGUUCACUGUACGAGGUGACUCUUUCUCGUCUAUCGAGAGACUCAAUAACGUUAAGUCAUCAAGCCUGAAUCGGUAUAAUCAGAGCAAGUUUGCUAAUGUUCUCUUCACCAUUUCUCUUGCCAAGAAGCAUCCAAAACUCCUUUGCAAUUCAGCUCAUCCUGGACUCGUCUCUACUGACAUGCUUCAGGCCUUUGGGAAGCCAUGGGGUGCACUAGCUGCAGCAUUCAGCAAAAGUCUUGUGGUCCUCAUGACUGCAUUAGGUAUCUUCCUCAAUCCUGAAGAGGGCGCUUUGACUCAGCUGUAUCUUGGAACUGCACAUGAAGUGAGCGAGCGUCAAAUUUCGGGAAAGUACUUCGUCCCAAUUGCGAAUCAAAAUAAAAUGAUGGCAGCUGCGACGGAGACAAAUGCCGAAAAGCUUUGGAAGACGACGGAAGACUACUUCAGCGCUCUCAAGAUCCCUCUAUCUUUGUGAAGCACCCGAAAUCAAGGUCAAGCGAAGAGAUCAUGCAUGAUAGGCGAUAUAGACAGGCUAUAGAUCAAUGAGAGAAACUUCCUCGU